AUGUCGACUAAGUUAUUUUAUUUAGACGAAUUUUUUGAAGAUAUAAGGCAAGAAAUAGCAAAAGAUGUAAAUAAGAAAGCAUUAAUACAAGAAUUAGAAAAUAAAUUUGAUUUAUCAAUCAUACCGUAUCAAUCUCAAAUAAAUUCAUGGUUGUCAAUCAGUCCGAAUCAAUUGAAUCAACACUUCCAAAAUACCACUAGUUUUGAAAAGGAAAUACAACUCAAUUUAAACAAUUUUUUGACAGAAUUAUCUAAUUUAGAUUGUAAAUCAAGCCAGAAGGAAAGAUUAUUAAAUAAAUUUAUUGAAGAUUCAAUUUACAUAUUGUUGGUCAAUAGAUACUUCUGGAUCUUAUCAUCAUCUUUUACUAAUGAUCCCAUACACAUAAGAUUGGUUUCAAGUAAUGAAGAAACUGGAAUUAUAGAAACUCCAAAAGAAAUAUUCACCACAUUAAAUUUAGAUAACAUAAAUUAUCAAACUUACUUAAUUUCAUUAUUGAAAUUGAUUGAUAUAAUUGUGAAUUACACAACUACAACUGUCAUCAAUCAAUCAAUUGGAUCAACAAAUGAAAAAUCAUCAAAUUAUACUUUAGGUAUAAUUAAUUCACAAAUUGUCUCCAAGAUUCAAAAUGGAUUUCUGUUGUUGGAUUUGAAAAAUGACAUUUUGAGAAAAAGAUAUGAUAGUUUGAAAUAUAAUUCUCAGAGAUUAAAUAAAAUUGUGUACGAUUUGUCACUUCGAAAUUUGGUUACAACAUCAGGAGAAGUAGAAUAA